GAGCCCCUGGAUGGGCAUUCCCGGGUCCCUUACUGAGCUUCUCUCAGCGAGAGCUUUUUUGGGGCCGCUGUGCAGAUUCUGUGCGAAGGGAAAGGCUUUGCCCUCCCAGAGCGGGGUGAGCUCCCCAGACACGGCUGUGGUUUGGUUUGUCCUGUGGGACGUGCAGGUCUGGUCCGGCUCUUCCAUAAAUCCUGGCACACAGGUUGUGCAGUCUCUGCUGCCUGAAGCAGCUCGGGGGCAAAACGCUGCUUUGCCCAAAGCUACAGGGAGUCAUCCCUGAGCUCCUGAAAUCCUGUGCUUAGUCGUCCUCUCUGUGGUUGAGUGGAAGCUCACGUUCCACAGACACAUUACUGGGAUGGAUCCAGGUAAAUCCCGACACAUCCUGGGUGUGCAGACCUUCCAUACACAGGUUCUCAGACCCACACGAGCUGUGGGCUCAGGGAGCUGCACUCCUGCUCCUCAGGGCUGGGGCUGCUGCAGCUCCUCUGUUUGCAUCGUGUCUGUGAGAGAAUGAGCAGGGAGACGGACUUUCCUGGAGUGUUUUCCACCCUCUGGUCAGUGAUGCAGUGCUGGGGUUGAAGCUCCCAGGAGCUGCUCCCUGUGAGGGGCUGCAGCCUGAGCUCAGUGUUAGAUCUGGCAUGGCCAGGUUAGACCAGGAGAACCUAAAACUGGGUGAGAUCAGCCCGGGGCCGAAGGAACCCCCUGGUUAAACGCUGCAGGAAGGGCCAGUCCCCGUUCCCAGAGCCCCUCUGCCCAUGUCCGUGUCCCCUCACCUUUCCUCUGCUCUCCAGGCGAUGGAUUCUCCCUAUGCCAACGGAGCCUACAGCCCCCCGUACCCGCACUACCCCAGCCUGCCCCAGGCACGGGGGUUCUACUGCUCGGGGCCCCCCCGGACCCCCUACCCCCCGGAGCCCACGGGCCUGUACCGGCCUCCAUCGCCCGCUCCCGCCUGGAGCUACGUGUCCCCGGAGUGUCCCGCCGAGGGCUCCGCGCUCCGGAGGCAGCAGGUCCCUGGCUACUCCCCACCACAGACCCCGGGAAUGCCGAUCCCGCAGUAUCCAUACGGAGACAGCAGUGCAGGGGUCACGGCCCAGGGGCCUGUGCCACAGCCCAGAGCCCCAGAGGACACGUGGGGCCCCCCCUCAGUGUAUGGGGUGCAGCCACGUUACGCCUGGCCCACGGCCCCGGGGCACGGGAACCUGUACGUGUCCGACUCACACCCGUCCUGGACCAACAGUGGGGCUCCUUCCCAACCUCCAGCCUGGGACUCACAGGACUCUGCCUACGACAGACCCGAGCAGAGCCCGAGCCAGCACAGCUACUACUCCGAGGUGAACCAGCAGCCCUCGGGGCCGGCGGGGGAGCCCAGGCUGGCCCAGCCCCGGGUGCAGUACAGUGCCCAGCCCCAGCUGUACGACCUCACCCCGCGCCGGCCCCCGAGCAGGGAGCCCGGAGCCAAACCUGCCGACCCACCUCCUGCAAAUCCCACAGCCAUCCAGAGGAUCCUCCACGUCAUGGGGCAGGCUGAGCAGCUGGAGGAAGAGGUGGAUGAGUUUGUAGGGAAAAAGACAGAUAAAUCCUACCGGCUCCUGGAGGAGAUGUUGACCAAGCUGCUGCUGGAGCUGGAUUCCAUCGAGACUGGGGGCCAGGACAGUGUCCGGCAGGCCAGGAAAGAGUCCGUCCACAGAAUUCAGGCCAUACUGGAGAAACUGGAAAGAAAGGGAUUGUGAAAGCACAUCAGCCACAACACACGGCCUGUUGUUGAGGUUCCAAAGAGUUUCAGUUCUCUUAAAUCUCAGCUCUUUCUGCUACGCACUACUGACAAUGGAAAAUAGCAAUAAGCCCUGAGUUAACAAUCAAAACAAACCCAUGAAAAAGCCACCCCAGAAGCCCAGCCCUGACAGACAACUUGGCAAAGGACAAAUUGAGAGAGGUUUGAAGAAGCAAACAUCAUUAAUGAAGAUGUUGAAGAGGACUGGGCUGAGGAUGAAGCCCUGUGGGGCUGUGUACAGAAUUCCCCAGACCAGGCCCAAUCUCUGGGUGCCUCCUGCAGCCACAGACGGUCUUUAAACACUUGCCAGAUGUGCUGCAACGUGCAGCCACCAACCAAGACUCAGGGCUUGUCCUCACUGCCUGUGUUUUCAGCUUCAGCUCCCUCACCAUAAAGCCCGUGUGUCCUCGUGGGGGUUGUUUGGCUUUAGUGCACUCAAGGAGUGACACUGAAGUGCUGGAGGGGGGCACUGUGCUGGCACAUCACGUCGGGCUGUUCCUCCUCUGAGGUGAGAAGCCAGUCUGGGGUGUCCCUGUGGACUUAGGAACACAGACUGGAAAUCCCAGUUCUGCCACUGGAAAGGAGAGGUGCAGGCAGAGGAAUGAUGUCAGAACAGAUGCAGGGGGUUUGGAAUUGAUUUCCAGGUCACUUGGGUAAAAAUUCCGUUUAAUGUCCCUCUCAUCCUGUGAGUUUCGUGUCCCACUGCACAGCAGGGAGGGAACAGCUCAGCCUGUUUCAGCCUCCUGGUUACAACGUGCUCAGUGACUCAUUGCCGUGUGUGACACUUAAUAAACCCUGACAAGUUUUAAAUGUUAUUUUGUAA